UGUCAUUUGAUUUUUUUUUCAGUAGUGGAGUACAGAUUGUCUAAAAGACAUGAUAUAUUUAUAAGUGUCCGGCAUUUAAAGAGAAUUUUACAGUGUCUUGGUUUAAGAAGAAAAGGUAUUAAGGAAAGUAGCUUGGAAGAUAUUUGUGCUGCAAUAAUUGAAGAAUUGGAUGGUAGUGGUUGCUGCGUGGGUUAUAAAAACAUUGUGGCGACGUUUACAGCAAUUUUAUGGCCUUAGUGUAUAUCGCUACACAGUUUUGGAGCCGUUACAUGUUUUAGAUCCUGAAGGCUUUAAUGAUAGGCUACGUCACAGGCUGAAAAGACGAGUAUAUCAUGUACCCGGUCCCAAUUUCUUGUGGCACAUAGAUAGGUACGAUAAACUCAAGCCCUAUGGCUUUGCAAUCCAUGGUGGGAUUGACGGAUUUUCCAGGAAAAUUCUAUGGUUAGAGGUAGCCAGUACCAAUAACAAGCCAGAGGUUAUUGCAUACUAUUAUUUAAAAACCCUACAACGGAUGAACUUAAUUCCAACUUUAAUGCGAUCUGAUCAUGGGACUGAGAAUUGUUGGGUCGAAUCUCUUCAUCAAGCUCUGCGUCACAAACACGAAGAUCAGUUAACCGGACCCAGAAGUUUUAUUAAAGGCAAACGUACUUCAAAUCAGAGAAUCGAGGCAUAUUGGUCUCAGAUGAGACGUCAAGGUGUUCAUUUCUGGAUCAAUUUAUUCAAGGAUUUGAUUGAUGCUGAUUUGUUUCAUGACUCUGAUCCUGUACAUGUAGAGCUGUUGAGAUACUGCUUUGGCCCUCUUUUGGCUUACGAUUUAGAAAUGAUAAAAAUAGAAUGGAAUCGACAGCGAAUAAGAAAACAAAAAUGUCGUGAUUUGGUACCAGGGAAGCCAAAUUGUUUAUAUUACAAUCCAGAAAUGUAUGGGAGAAGAGAUUAUAAAAAAUCAGUUGAUCAGCAUGAAAUUAUAACAUACUUACAAGAAUUCACCAUCAAACCACACCUUUUUCAAUCACUCACUGAAGAGUUGGUAAAACUUUUAAAAGAGGAUGUAACGGUACCAACUAGUAUAGAAGCAGCCUUAUAUCUUUUUGUCGAACUUACAACUUUAACAGAUGAAUACCAACAGGAGAAUAAUUGAAAGCAAUAUAGAAUCAGAAUGCCACCAGUUUAAACCAUCGCCUAUUAGGCUGACU